AUGCUCUCUCUCUCCUCCCUGACCUCCUGGCUCCCCGGCUUCCCCUCCCUGCAAUGGGGCUCCGGCCUGCUGGACUCCCUCCUGCAAGGCCUCAUCGGGGCCUGCGGCGUGUCCGUACUCUGCAGUUUCAUGAAGAUUUACUUCUUCAUCCGCUGCCUCCAAAACCCUGAGUGGCAAGUGGAGAAAGAGCGUCUGCGGUCCCAGUGGGCCCUGCUGGAGCAGCUGCACCUGUUGGUGCUGACGGGCAUUUUCUCGGUGGUGGGGGCCCGGGUGGCCGCACUCGUGUCCCUGGAAUUCUCGCUGCGGGCCGUCUCCACGCUGCUGUCAAUGAGCAAGGGCUCCCAGAAUCUCCAGCUGCACCUGCUGUGCCAGUACUCCCUGGGCUGCACCCUGACCUGCAGCCUGAGCUUCCUCUUGGAAGGGGCACCGCACCGCACCUGGAACCUCCUCCUGAGCCUGGGGCUGGCGGGGCUACUGGCCCGCCUGGCCCGGCGCCUCGGCCGCCACGUCCUCUGCCUCUACGAGCUGCACAGCCAGGAGCGCUACUGCGGGGCCUGCCUGUCCCUGCUGGCCACCUGGCGCUCCCUCCCCCCCCUGCUCGGCCAGGGGCUCAAGGUGGCCUUCCUGGUGGGGGACUUGGCAGCCGUGGCGCUCAUCAACCGCGACUUCCUCAGCACUUCGGAGGCCGUGCGCUUCUGGACCCCGCUCACCAUCUGCUACACGCUGCUGGUCAUCUACAUGCAAGAGGAGCAGCGCCAGCGCCCCAGUCAGCAGAGCCGGUACCAGACGGUAUUUGUGCGCAUGGGCGGCCUCUUCAUCCUCCUGCUGACCGUGGGCCGCUGGGCAGACAUCUUCGGCGUCCUCGUCUCCUUCAUCGGGGAGCUGUGGUGUCUGACCGGCUCCAAGGCCAUGCUGGACAUCUGCCAGGUGCAGGCGGAUGCUGACCAAGCUCAGGCCUCAGAGAGGCCUUCAGCUGCAGGUCCUAGCAGCACCCCGCGGCCAAGCAGCACCAGACAGAGGGGCCGGUCCCAGGCUGGGAGAGGCCCGGUCCUGAGGCUGAGGAAGCCGCCGGAGCCCGGUGACCAGCCCGGUCCGGAUUCUCGGUCUGGGGCCGAGUGCUGACCCGGGGAGGCUCCGACGGGGGCUGAGACCGCUCGGGAUGCCCACCCUGGCUGCAGCCUUCGGGACACAAGGCUUCGGAAACGGGCGGAAGCCCGGAUGGCUGCUGACUUGGAACAACUUUGAUGACUUCAGGCUCGGGCCCACCCCCACCAGCUCCGAUAAGGUUUACCAUCUUGGCUGGGAUGUGAUAUCUGGGCCCCCUCCCUCCCCUCCUCUCCAUCAUCUCUCCCUUCCCUGCAAGGACUGGGUGUUCCCUCCUCCUACUGUUUCCCCCCAGGCCUGCGGAGACCGUCCCCCCAGACAGAUCUGCACUCUUUUAUCAGUGUGGGGAAGCUGGACUGGAGCCAGGAAAACUUAACUCCUACUUGCCUGUUUCCAACCAGUUCCUAGAAACCAAAGUGUUGGGCCCAAUAGUCCCAGCUCCCGCUCCCUCAAGGGCCAGGGCCUCAGCUGAGGGGAUUCCUGUUGAGUCUGAGGUGGGCAGGGACGGACAGGGCAAAGGGGCUACCUGGCAGCUGUGGAGAGAAGGAGGUGGCCUGGAAGCAGCCACUGCAAGCGCAGUGAGGGGGAGGGACCAUCUGGAUUUCAACUAGUCCCCAUCUCCUUCUCCUCGUCCCUCUGUUUCCCACCACCCCUGGCCCUUUCUCCAAUUCUUGGACUCUCUGCCGGCUCCGUGUUGGACCUGUGAGAAAUAAAGACUGACAUUCUGA